AGCCAACUGCUGUGUAAUGUUUUGGCGAAGAAAAAGAAACCACCGAAGAAGAUAAGAGUACGAACGUCGUUUAAAUUGUUAUCAGCACCAUGUCCAAACGGAAAGUGACUUUUGCGGAUGGUGAUGGUGGGGUGUUGGAGCUGGACGAUGAGGUCUCGAACAAAAAGCCAACACUUGAGGUGCCGAGCGGCCCGGGCUCCAGGUUCAAGGGCAAGCAUUCCCUUGACAGUGACGAGGAGGACGAAGGGGAGGACACCCAGAACGACAAAUAUGACAUUUUGGCCAACGACGACGUGGACGGCCAAGAGAACGCCACCAUUGAUUACGACGAGGGCGUUUCCAUCACGCCCUUCAACCUGGAGGAGGAGAUGGAGGAAGGACACUUUGACUCGGAGGGGAACUACUUUGUCAAAAAGGAAGAGCAGAUCCGAGACAAUUGGCUCGACAACAUUGACUGGGUGAAAAUCAAAGAACAACCGUUCAAACAAAAGAAGAAAGGACUCGGAGCCAAACGCAAGCGCAGAGUGGGCGAUGAGGAUGAAGCGGAGGAAGAGAAGAAGCGGGAGGAGCAGCGAGAAAACAAGGAAGGCGACGAAGAUGAGGACGACGACGAGGAGGAGGCCGAACCGGCCGAGGACCCCAUGGCCUCCCUCACGCAGCGGCAGCUCACAGAAGCCUUAGUGGAACUCUUGUUGCCGGGGGAGACGGUCGCGGCGGCGCUGCGACGGCUGGGGGGCCUCGGCGGGCAGAAGAGGAGCAAACUGCGAGACGCCGCCGGCGACCACGCGGCGGAGAACAAGCGCGACACGGAGAAGCUGGACCGCCUCACGUCUCUCGCCGAUCGGCUGGUGGCGUCGGGCGUGUACGGCAUCUACCAGCAAACCAAGGAAAAGCUGGCCUACACGCUCAAGAAUAUGAGCAGUAAGCGACCCAAGUCAAAGGAGGAGGACGAAGACCAACUGGACAUGUUCGGAGACAAGUUUGACGAGAAGCACGGCGCACAGGCUGAAGAGGAGGAAGACAAAAGAGUGAGCGAGGAAGUCAUGUGGGAGUACAAGUGGGAGAACGAGGACAAGUCCGAGGUCUACGGACCCUUCACCAGUCAGCAGAUGCAGGAUUGGGUGGAUGAAGGCUACUUCAGCAGCGGCGUUUACUGCAGGCGCUUGGACCAGGAAGGCUCACAAUUCUACAACUCCAAGAGACUGGACUUCGAGCUCUACACGUGAUCACGUGCUCCCAUGCAGUGCUGCGUCGUCGUUUCUUAUGUCCACAUGUUUUUAAAUAAAUCGUCCGAACGCUGUUUGUUAUUUGGACAUAACAAUAAACGAGAGAGCUCGUCAAUAGGACAAACACAA